AUGAAAUCAAAUAAUGGGAUGUAUAAAGUAAAUAAUCAUGUAUUUAACUUAACAUUAAUAGAUAGCUUAAGGCCUGGUAACUGGAUGGAACUUCUCAAGAAGCUUGCGCAUAAGAGUAAUAAAAGAAUAAUUAAAAGGCAAUUCUUAGAAGCUGAAAGGCAAAUCUUAGAUGAUAAUAAGCAAUCUUUAGAGGCAAGUAUCGUACAAAAACAUUCAGAUCAAAAUAAAUACGCUUCAAAGCCCAUUAAGAUGCAAGAGAUCACGAAAGCAUUAUCGAAAUCAGUGCUCCGGUAG